UUUAAAAAAGAAACUACUUUGUUAUAAUAAUGCAGUAAAAGCUGUUUUUAAAAUGUUGUUGAUAAGGAUGUAAUAAUUAAAAACGCAACAUUUUUGGCAUUAGUAGACGACAUGGAUGUGACUUUAAACAAAUUAUUUUUAGAAGCUCUUUCUAACGGUUUGGAGCAGUGCGAUAUUGAAAACGCUAUAAACAAACGAAGAAUUUUGGUUCCAAAAUAUUCAAAAAAUCCCCGUAGAUCAAUAUAUAUUGGAACCGUAUUAGUUUUGAUUGCAUUUUUAUUCGGCGCUCAGUUACCUAAGAAUGAGCAUUCAUCGCCAUGGCAGUAUGCUACGGAAAUCUUUAAAAGUUACAUAUUUUCGUGGGACAGCAGCUGUUUAAUUGGUUUUAGUGGAAUGACUAUCGAAAUUGUUAGACCACUUGAAGACUGCAGUUUUUGCAAAGACUUAAAAGAAGUACCGAUUGUAUACAACAUUACGAAAGAAUAUUUUUUGAAGCAUCAUGCAUAUACUGGUGUGCCUGUUCUAGUAAAACAAGGUACUGGAAAUUGGACCGCGUUAAGAAUAUUUGGUUGGCGAUACUUUCGAGUUCUUUAUGCUAAAUUAAAAGCGUUUAAGGAUAACGAAGAUCUUGGUUGCCAAUUUUUCCCUUAUAAAACAGAGUUUAAAAGCUUGAAACAAGUACUUUUUAUGAGCAAAGAGAGAGCAAAUCUUACGGAAGAUCAAUGGUAUAUUGGCUGGAGUAAUUGUGUACCGAGAGUACAAGAAAUUCUCCGCCAUCAUUAUCAACGCCCAUCGUUUUUACCUGAUGAUUCUGAAUCAAGUGCUUUGGAUUGGGUGUUUAUGGGUGGUUCUGGAACGGGUGCUCUUAUGCAUAUUGAUUAUGUUAAUCGACCAUCUUGGCAAGCUCAAGUUAAAGGGAAAAAAACCUGGUAUAUAGAACCUCCACCAGAAUGUGAAUCGGUUUGCCCAAUGCACCUUCAAGCAACAAUGGAACCUAGUGAUAUAAUUGUCAUUGAUACAAAUAAAUGGUUUCAUUCAACAUUCAUUCAUCCAGGAAAUAUAAGUAUUACUAUUGGCUCUGAAUACGACUAACUCUUUGCUUUAAACAAUCGUCUUUUAUAUAUGUUUGCAAAAAUGAAACAAAACUAACUAAAGAAAAAAUUGCUCAUUAACUG